AUGCUAAAGUAUCAAGUGAAGGCUCAUAGUCGGCCAUGCAUCUAUGGCAGCCCCUCUUCAUCUAUGCACGACACAACUCUGACCAGUAGAAGUUGUUCGUCGAUAUCGCUGAAUUCGGCGGAUAGUGCAAGCUCCGAAGGCGAUUGGGGAACACUGAGAGUUUAUACGAGUAAUGUGAAAGCAUGCACUGACUACAAGACAAUUCGGGUCUCCACUCAAUGCACAACUCGAUCCGUGAUUGAAACUGUCCUCAGUAAAUCCAAAAUCUCAUGCAGGGACCCCAAUCUCUUUGAACUUUGGAUGGAGAUCACCACGAAGGCAAACAAUAACACCGUACGAACAGUUUUGAAGUUGAGUCAUUCCGCUAGACCCUUAGAAUUGCAGAGAUGUCAUCCUGCAAAUAUGUCAAGGUUUAUACUUCAUAUGACUUCUGGAGGUGCACUUGUUAGGGUGCAUGACCAUGACAUUUGUCCUCAGGUAGGGAUUAAUCCUAGCUCAUGCGUUUAG